CCUCUGCCCGCCGGACACACGGCAGCAGCUCGCCCCCCCAACCCGACCUCCACAACCGGAUGCUACACCGAGGUUUUCCCGAGAGAAACACCCGGAUCCAGGACGCCCGUCGCGGCCUCUCUCGCUCCGUGUGAGCGAGCAGGACUCCCUCCGCCCGGGCCGUCAUCAGCAGCUGGCUCCGCAGCUAGCGUUAGCGGCUAACCGGCUAACCCUGCCCCAGGUCGGUUUGUUUGGAUCAACACAAUGACGAGCGAGUCGCAGCGGUUCAACUCUACGCUUCAACUUUCCCAGUUGUGAUGGAGAGACAACACUGACUCAAGACACAACACAUAUCCUGGAUGCCCUGACAUACAGGACGGGUUCAAUCCAAGAUGGAGAAAAAGAAAAUGUGCCCUCGCCUGCUCGACUACUUAGUCGUAGUUGGAGCAAGGCAACCUAGCAGUGACAGUGUGGCCCAGACACCUCAGCUCCUCCGCCGCUACCCGCUGGAGGACCACCCUGAGUUCCCACUCCCACCAGACGUGGUGUUCUUCUGCCAACCGGAGGGCUGCCUUAGCAUCCGCCAGCGCAGGGUUAGCCUCCGCGACGACUCCUCGUUUGUUUUCACUCUUACCGACAAAGACUCAGGAACCACCCGCUAUGGAAUCUGCAUCAACUUCUACCGCUCUUUUCAGCGAGGAGGGCAUCACCGUGCCCGCGGGGACAAGGGCAGCCACUCAGACACAGCCGCACAGGCAGCAGACACCGCUAGUGAAGGGUCUGAUGGAAGUGUCGGGGGCUCAUCCUCCGUGUUAGCUCCACCUAGCAACGCUGAGUCCGGAGCUCCGCCUGCCUCCGGAGAAGAGGGCAGAAAACCAGGGGCCGAGCUAAAUGCCAGCAAAUCCCCACAGCACAGACGGAGCGCUGCUAAGAUGGCGGCCAGGAACCGCAACAGCACGCUGACCUCGCUGUGCAUCCUCAGCCACUACCCGUUCUUCUCCACCUUCAGGGAAUGCCUAUAUAUUCUGAAGAGGCUGGUGGACUGCUGCAGUCAGAGGCUCACGCAGCGGGCUGGGCUCCCUCGCGCCACCCAGAGGGACACCAUGUGGCGAGUGUUCACUGGGGCGCUGACGGUGGACGAGAAAGGCAGCCAGCUGCUGGCCGACUUGCGGGAGAUUGAAUCCUGGAUGUACCGGUUGCUGCGGUCACCAGUUCCCGUGGCCGGUCAGAGACGUGUGGACGUGGAAGUGUUGCCCCAUGAACUCAAACGGCCGUUCAACUUCGCCCUGCCUGACAACUCCCGCUUCUCGAUGGUGGACUUCCCCCUGCACCUGCCCCUGGAGCUGCUGGGGGUGGACGCCUGUCUUCAGGUCCUCAGCUGCAUACUGCUAGAGCACAAGGUCAUUCUUCAAUCCAGAGAUUACAAUGCUCUAUCAAUGAGUGUUAUGGCCUUUGUGGCCAUGAUUUACCCUCUGGAGUACAUGUUCCCUGUCAUCCCUCUCCUGCCAACAUGUAUGGCCUCAGCUGAACAGCUCCUUCUUGCCCCCACUCCCUACAUUAUUGGCGUACCUGCCAGCUUCUUCCUCUACAAAGCCGAUUUCAAAAUCCCGGAUGAUGUGUGGCUUGUGGACCUUGACAGCAGCAAGGUUGUUGCACCCACCAAUGCAGAGCUGCUGCCACCUCUUCCAGAGCCGGAAGCAUGCGAGCUUAAGAAACAUCUGAAACAGUGUCUGGUUAGGUUGACCGUGAUCACCCAAAAGCAGAUCUUCUCCUCUGACAAUAAGGCCUUGGCCAGUAUGAGUUUGAACACCCAGCCCAUUCUGAACCUGGAGAAGUUCCAGGAGGGGCAGGAGAUGCCUCUGCUCCCACCGGGACGAGACAAAGCCUCACCGUCCUCCACAGAGUUCAACCCUCUGAUUUACGGCAAUGACGUUGAUUCAGUAGAUGUCGCCACCAGGGUGGCCAUGGUACGGUUCUUCAACUCCCCCAACGUUCUCCAGGGGUUCCAGAUGCACACUCGCACCCUGCGCCUCUUCCCCAGACCAGUGGUGGCUUUCCAGUCGCAGUCUUUUCUUGCGUCUCGGCCUCGGCGCUCUAGCUUUGCAGAUAAACUGUCCCACACGCAGGCGGUGGAGUUUUACGGCGAGUGGGCUCUGAAUCCCACCAACCUCGCCUUUCAGAGGAUACAUAACAAUGUGUUUGACCCGUCCUUGAUCGGAGAUAAGCCCAAGUGGUACGCCCACCAGCUCCAGCCAGUGUCGUACAGGGUGUAUGAUGGGAGCUCCCAGCUGGUGGAAGCCAUGGCCGGUCCCUUGGAGGACGAUGGCAACGACUCUGAUCCCACAGACAGUGGAAGUGACAGUGAGGCGUACGAUGACUCCAGCUCAUCUUACUCCUCCCUCGGAGACCUGGUGAGCGAGAUGAUCCAGGGGGACAUCCAGGGAGAUACGCCCAGCUUGGACCCUCCUACCCACGCUGCACUGGGAGAUGCCAGUGAGGUGGAGUUUCAGGACUUCCAUGAAUUCAGGGAAGGUCCUGGCCCCGAGGAUCCGCCUCUUGGUGAGGGACCGGCUGAAGCCUCCGAUGGACAACCGCUGCGCUCGAGCUCCAGCACAACUGCCAGCUCCAGUCCCAGUACAAUAAUCCAGGGAGUCAACAACGAGCAGGGGGAAGCGCCUGAAAUUGAAGCAUCUGCGAGCGCUGCUUUACAGAACCCUGUCCCUGCACUGGGCAGCCAGCCGUUCCUCAGGCCCCCAGCUGAUCCUGGCCUGCAGGACCCAGGCAACAAAAAGCAAGAGUAUGAUAACCCGUACUUUGAGCCCCAGUAUGGCUUCCCCGCUGAGGAUGACCCUGAUGCAGAGGAGCAAGUGGAGUCAUACACCCCUCGAUUCAACCAGAACCUCAAUGGCAACAAGACGCAGCGUCCUUUACGUCCCAAUAGCUUGAGGCUUCCAGGAGAGUCGGACGGGGAGGGAGACAGCUCGCCAAACUCCACCAUCUCCAACAGCAGCAAUGAUGGGUUCGGAGGCCUCAUGUCCUUUGCCAGCAAUCUGUACAAGAACCAUGGCACCAGUUUCAGUUUGUCCAAUCUCGCCCUCCCCAACAAGGCAGCGAGGGAUAAGUCCACUCCCUUUCCCAGCCUGAAAGGCGCACGUGCACCGCGGGCGCUCGUUGACCAGAAGUCGUCGGUGAUCAAGCACAGUCCCACAGUGAAGAGAGAAUCCCCGUCUCCUCAAGGUCGAGUCAACAACACGAGCACAUCAACACCGGCGUCGACCCUUAUGACCAAAAACUCUCGAAUUUCGUCGUCUUUCCAAGUUGACAUCUUCGUCCUCUCUGAGAACCAGCAGUUCUUGAAGGAGGUGGUGCAGAGCGUUCUCGACGGCCAGGGGGUCGGCUGGCUCAACAUGAAAAAGGUCCGGCGUCUGCUGGAGAACGAGCAGCUCCGCGUCUUCGUCCUGAGUAAAAUGAACCGAGCCGUCCAGUCGGAGGAGGACGCCCGACAGGAGAUCAUACGUGACGUGGAGGUGAGCAGGAAGGUUUACAAAGGCAUGCUGGACAUCUUGAAGUGCACAGUUUCCAGUCUGGAGCACUCGUACACAAACGCAGGCCUGGGAGGAAUGGCCAGUGUCUUCAGCCUGUUGGAAAUAGCACGGACACAUUAUCAAACCAAAGGGACGGAAGGAGCAAAGCAGCAGCGCCCCCAGGUGGCCGAUGCCGAGGAGAAGAAAUCUCAGAUCAGUGCCGACAGUGGCCUCAGUGUCACGUCUGGAUCUCAGAAGAGCGACACUGAGUCGGUAACGAGCUCGGAGCCACCGAUCCUGACGAGAACAACCAGCCAGGACUCAGAGGCCAGCACAGUGAUAAGCAACAGCUCGGGGGAGACGCUGGGAGCCGACAGCGACCUGAGCAGCACAGCGGGCGACGGCCUCGGUGGGAGGAGGACGGCUCAUCUGACUCAGUCCAGAGGGACGCUCUCCGACAGCGAGAUAGAAACCAACCCAGCCACCAGCUCAGUGUUUGGGAGGACUCACACUCUGAAAAAAGCCGUCAAAGAUCCCGUCCCAGCUGUGUCCAAGGGGCCCCCCCCUCAGCCCCUGGAGGACCUGAGCAUGAGGAUCUACCUGUGUGAAGGCCUGCUGGGUAAAGAGCGCUCCACCCUGUGGGACCAGCUGCAGUUCUGGGAGGACGCCUUCCUAGACGCUGUGAUGCUGGAGCGCGAGGGCAUGGGGAUGGACCAGGGGCCUCAGGAGAUGAUCGAAAGAUACAUGUCGCUGGGGGAUCACGACCGAAAGCGCCUGGAGGACGACGAGGACAGACUUCUGGCCACUCUGCUGCACAACAUGAUAGCCUACAUGCUCAUGAUGAAAUUGACAACAAACGACAUCAGGAAGAAAGUGAGACGUUUGAUGGGAAAGUCCCACAUCGGCCUCACGUACAGCCAGGAGAUCAACGAGAUGCUGGACAAACUGGCAAACAUGAAUGGCCGUGAGUGGUCCAUCAGGCCGAGUGGAAGCCGUCACAUCAAGAAGCAAACGUUUGUUGUUCACGCCGGCACCGACACCACAGGAGACAUCUUCUUCAUGGAGGUCUGUGACGACUGCAUCGUGCUGCGCAGCAACAUCGGCACAGUUUACGAACGCUGGUGGUACGAGAAACUCAUCAACAUGACGUACUGCCCCAAGACCAAGGUUCUGUGUCUGUGGAGACGCAACGGCCAAGAGACGCAGCUCAACAAGUUCUAUACCAAAAAGUGUCGUGAACUCUACUACUGUGUUAAAGACAGUAUGGAAAGAGCUGCAGCCAGACAGCAAAGCAUUAAACCAGGGCCGGAGCUGGGCGGAGAGUUCCCCGUCCAGGACAUGAAGACGGGCGAAGGUGGACUGCUGCAGGUCACCCUGGAAGGAAUCAACCUUAAGUUCAUGCACAGCCAGGUUUUCAUAGAGCUGAGUCACAUUAAAAAGUGCAAUACAGUGAAGGGAGUCUUUGUCCUGGAGGAAUUUGUUCCUGAAACUAAAGAAGUGGUGAUCCACAAGUACAAGACGCCCAUGGCACAUCAGAUCUGUUACUCCGUCCUCUGCCUUUUCUCCUACGUGGCGGCCGUGAAGGGGAAGGAGGCGGAAGGGAAACCCAAGAUCAUUUCGCCGAGACCCCUUCACAGCUAGUCCACACCUCCCUCGCCCCCCCGCGCCCUCCCACCCCCGUACCGUCCUCUGUGUGCCUCUCUACUUGAAACGGCAUCUCGGCUCUUAAACCACAGACUUCUGACAAUCCAUAGUUUUACUCUAAGCACACGAUCCCUGCCCUCCCUCCCUCCCUCUCUCCCCUCCC